AAUUAUUUGUUUCCACAGUGCAACAAUUUUUUUAAAUAAAGCAAAUCCUUGAUUUUUUUAUCUAGUAUAUUCUUUCACGCACAAAAGAAAGACUUGCAAAAAACAAUUAUGUAUGUAAACUUCUUUAUAUACACUACACAUAUUUAUUGAUAUUCAAAUGUUGCGCAUUACAUACAGCCACUGCAUCCAUCCUGCAUCCACCCGCAGAUUAGUCCACAAGGCGGCGAUCACGGAUAUCGAGUCGAUAAAGCGGCUGAAAACCCAAAGUGAGCCACAAACCCUUAAACCAGCAGCAGCAACACUUCGACAAAAAAUACAAAGCAGCAGCUGGGUGCAACAACUAAUAAGCGGUACGCGCAAAUGCACAUUCUCAGGACUCGCCCUCCCCAAAGAACACCUAAUCAGAAUCAAAACCAAAGUGGACACCAGAGCGGGCAAAAAAUCACCAGGCCGCAGGAUGAUGUGUGUGGAUGAAUUGGAGAGUUACUCGAGAGAAACAGGCAAGUCCAGCUAUUUGCCGCUGUCUGCGAAUGGACUUUUUGCGUCGCUUUCGGAUAUUUCUAUGCAGCGGGUUGUGUCGGAUAUUGGCUGGGUUCGUUCGGAUGUAGUGGAGCAUUGCGCUCGGGUAUUGCGUUUGCGCGUGGUUUCAGCUAUGCACAGGGCCAGGGUGGAUUUGUUCAAGCAUCGGGAUGCGCCGGGUCCUCUGGUGAUCCCACCAAGAGGUCCUCGUCAGACAACAAACCCUCAGAUAGAGGAGGAGAAGGAGGAGGGGAAGUCGCGGCUGGAUAUUCUUCGUCUGGAGAUUACCGGCCGGAUACUUCGCCAGGACGCCCUCUGGGCCGGCAACUCGCCAUAUAUUAGCCUGCCACAGCCAACACGGCAGUCAAUGCAGCACCCAGAAUGGCUUAUCCCUGGCAUACUGCCUGCCGGUGGGCUCCAAUGUAUCAUCAAAGUGCCAGCGACUCAGACCACCCCAGCAUCCGUAUCCUCCGAAUCCACCGCACGCGAUAUCUGGAAGACACUGGCAAAAACUCAACCGCAUGAACCACCCGAUAUUGAUAUCUUGGAUCAGUCAGGCGCGAGCUGGAUGAGCUACGUGAUUGCAAGCCCGCCCAAAGCACAAUGUGAGCCGACAUUGAGUAUACACGCCCUCGAGUACCUAUACCACUGCCUCCCGGCCCUGACCUUGGAUACACUGAGCGUCGUUAAUGGCGGGCGCGUUAUGUCUAAAAGACAGGCAAGAAAAUUGCGCGAAAAGUCACAUGGUAAUAUGGACCCUGUCGUGGCACCUGUUUCUGAGGUCACAGCUUAUGCGAGUAAGCUGCGAUCGCAAGCGAUUAUUACUUACAGAUAUACGCUUGGUAGGUCGGGACACGAGUUUGCUGUUGCCCAGGGAGAUGCCGUUACUAAGACCGUGCCUGUGUACUAUGCGGACGAAAUAUUUGGUCCUGAUGUUUCGGCCACGGUUAUCAAUUGGUUAUUGUCGCACACUUCACCGAAACAGGCACCCGAAGCAGAUGGAACAUUGUCGAGCCAUUAUAUCGGUGUGGUCGCCCUGCCGUGCACGGCUGAUCUCGCCACUCAGCUGCACCGACUGACUGUCUUUGCUGAGAACUAAAUAUCAAGUUAUUUUUGUUAUUGUUUACAAAUGAAAAAUGAAAAAUAAUAAAAUAAAAUAAGUUGUAAUAGAUCCACAAAUAAAAAAACAAAGGAAAUAGCAUGAC